AGAACCAAAAAAAUGGCGGAAGCACCUCCAUGGCCCAGCCGGUUUUUCUGUCACAGAUGUUCGGAAGAGAUCAGCCCUCGUCUCCCCGAAAAUGACCUAACACACCUCCAGGCUGUGUAAGGGCUAUUUGACUAAGAAGGAGAGUGAUGGAGUGCUGCCUCAGAUGACCUGACCUCUACCCAAUUGAGAUGAGUUGGACUGAAGAGUAAAGGAAAGCAGCCAACAAGUGCUCAGCAUAUGUGGGAACUCAUUAAAGACUGUUGGAAAAGCAUUCCAGGAUUACACAUGUCCUCGGUGUGAUUCUGGCUUUAUCGAGGAACUGCUGGAGGAGAGACGGUUUGUUGAAUGUGUGACAUCAAAGCAAGCAUUCUGUUGACAUUCUGAAUAAAAAUGUCAGCAACCUUGUCACUAGAUUUUGACACUUGGCAUCACAUAACCUUUUACCUAUGAUUACAGCACUCUGGUCAAGAGGGUGUGAGCACACAUUUAAAUCAAAUCCCUCUCCAAAAAUGCUAACUGUUUUCUAUGUUUCUCUUCCUGAACAGCAGUGAAAAUGGGUCCACAUCCACCAUCUCCAGCGGUGACCAGAACCAACAUCCAUUUGAGAAUGUGGACCCUUCAAAUAUAUUUACGUUCCCCUCGGGUUACGGCCAGUUUGCUAUGGGUGUCUUUGACGACUCCUUUGACUUCGGAGCGGGGCUGGGAGGAGCUGGGUUGGGAGGAGCAGGGCUAGGAGGAGCUGGGUUGGGAACAGAGGACAACCGCGACGCAGAGAAUCGGCGAGAACGGGAGAUGGCAUCACGGCAGCGAUACGGCGCCAGGCAACCUCGCGGUCGCCAUGGCGUCAGGAGGCAGGCAGGGAGACCGGAGGGAGUGCCCACUUUAGAGGGAAUCAUUCAGCAGCUAGUGAAUGGAAUAAUCGCCCCUGCGGCAGUGCCAAAUAUUGGUGUGGGACCCUGGGGCGUGCUUCACUCAAACCCCAUGGAUUACGCCUGGGGUGCCAACGGACUAGAUGCAAUCAUUACACAGUUAUUAAAUCAGUUUGAGAACACUGGCCCUCCACCAGCUGAUGGGGACAAAAUCAUGAGCCUUCCCACAGUCCUAAUCACACAGGAGCAUGUAGGCUCUGGUCUAGAAUGUCCAGUGUGUAAAGAAGACUACAGUGCUGGAGAAAAAGUUAGGCAACUUCCAUGUAAUCAUUUGUUUCACAAUGAUUGCAUAGUACCCUGGCUUGAACAGCACGACACAUGUCCAGUGUGCAGGAAAAGCUUAAGUGGACUGAACACAGCCAUGAAUCCUCCAGGUCUAUCAGGGAUGAACUUUGCCUCUUCCUCUGCACCCCCGUCCUCCAGCUCAACCAGCAAUGAGAACUCGGCCAACAACUCCUAAAAAACAUUUCCCUUCCCACACAACCCAGUGAACUGCCCCUCAGCCAGUUGGGUACCAGUCUCACCCUGUCAAGGGGAGCUGGAGCAACCACCCAGUCUCCUCCUCACCUGGAUCACUGCCUCACACUGGACCGGAGCCAGCAGGAAUCCAAUUAAAUGAGUCAGUAUGUUUCUGCCCCACCCGAGGCUCUCCUCAAGCCUUCAGGAAUGUUGCUUCUUGCUGCGUGGAAGGAUGGAUUCGGCCCUAGCCUGGGGAAGAUAUGGAGGAUAGAAACAUUAGGAGGGUCACUCUCUGGAUAACCUCAACAUGCAACAGAACAAGCCAGUUAGUCCUGCAUUCUGAGGGGGGACUGGGGUGAGAAGACCAGAAAGAUCUCUCCCAAGUCAGUUGUUUUUUUAAAUAUUUUUUUUGACAUGUUUUAUGAGCAUUCAUAUUUGUACUGCUAAAGUUCUUAAAUGAAAACUUUCAGGAGUAAAGGAGGCUGAGUAUAGGAUGUGUACUUGGUUUGGAUUCUGCAGCUAUUUUUUCCAUGGAUUGGAAACAUCUAUCAAAUUUGAAGUGUUUUUCUCAAACAGAAAAGCGUUUACCCGUAAAAGGUAUUUUUACAUUGAAUGAACCAACCCCCAAUAAUUUUCUAAUUGACUGAAGUUGUAUGUGCACCAUUGUUUUGCCCUUUGAAUUAAGAAACAAACUACAUUUGGCUAUGUGUUUUUUGGAGAACAGACUUGGGUGCUGGAUUAAGUCAAAGGUUACUACAUUCCUCUUUGUAACGACAGAGGUAAAGAUCCAGUAGUUAACCUGCUAGACAGAUUCUAACAGCCUUUUCUCAUUCAAUCAUACAUAAUCAGCAAGUUUCAGUGAAUUGGUUUUUUCAAUUUUUUAAUUAUUUUUUUAUUCUAAGUGAAUUCAAUGUUUUUGUACAAUUCACAGUAGACAAGUGAAAUAUCUAGAUUUGCAGAUCAUGUAAAACCCUGAACAAAACAUGAACUGAUGAGAAAAUAAAGAUCUUUAGGUGCUACCACUGUAAUACAAAAUGGCUGUUAUGUGGUGGGCCGUAGCAAGCUAUCUGGUUUAGUUUUUGAGAUGAUUGAGAGCUCUAAGGAGGCACUUCUGAACACAUUUUUAUUUUUAUUUUUUUUAAACGCCGCCGAGUACUAAACUAAUCCAGUCAAAACUCAUGUACUAUCACCUCCAUUUUCUAGCUCACAAAUGACAUUCCUUUGCUGUGAUUUAUUUAUUUGAUUAAUUGUCUGUCACUUGUCUCACAUGAUCUAUUUAGCUCUCCUGUGUCCUACUCCCAGAGAAAAUGAAUAAUAGAAUACACAAGGUGCAAUUUCAGAAUGGUUGUGGGUAUGCAGACCCACCAGCCACUGUCCCCUCAUGAUGAGUUCCAUUUUUUUUUGUGGCUCAUGAAGUUGCCCAUAGCCUGGCAUAGAUGGUAUAGCUUUCAUUUCUGGACUGUAAGAUUGUGCCCUCAAUAGCACUUGAUUGGUAGGUUAUACUAUAUAUAUACAGUGGCUUGCGAAAGUAUUCACUCCCUUGGCAUUUUUCCUAUUUUGUUUGCCUUACAACCUGGAAUUAAAAUUUAUUUUGGGGGUUUUGUAUCAUUUGAUUUACACAACAUGCCUACCAUUUUGAAGAUGCAAAAUAUUUUUGGUGAAACAAACAAGAAAUAAUACAAAAAAACAGAACUUAAGCGUGCAUCACUGGGAUUUUUGCCCAUUCUUCAAGGCAAAACUGCUCCAGCUCCUUCAAGUUGGUUGGGUUCUGCUGGUGUACAGAUAUCUUUAAGUCCUACUACAGAUUUUCAAUUGGAUUGAGGUCUGGGAUUUGACUAGGCCAUUCCAAGACGUUUAAAUGUUUCCCCUUAAACCACUCAAGUGUUGCUUUAGCAGUACGCUUAUGGUCAUUGUCCUGCUGGAAAGUGAACCUCCAUCGAAGUCUCGAAUCUCUGGAAGACUGAAAAAGGUUUCCCUCAAGAAUUUCCCUGUAUUUUGCUCAAUCCAUCAUUCCUUCAAUUCUGACCAGCUUCCCAGUCCCUGCCGAUGGUGUUCUCGGGGUGAUGGGAGGUGUUGGGUUUGCACCAUACAUAAUGUUUUUCUUGAUGGCCAAAAAGCUCAAUUUUAGUCUCAUCUGACCAGAGUACCUUCUUCCAUAUGUUUGGGGAGUCUCCCACAUGCCUUUUGGCAAACAUUUAUUUUUUCUUAUUUUCUGGCCACUUCCGUAAGCCCAACUCUAAGGAGUGUACGGCUUAAAGUAGUUCUAUAGGCAGAUACUCUAAUCUCCGCUUUGCAGCUCCUUCAGGGUUAUCUUUGGUCUCUGUUGCCUCUCUGAUUAAUGCGCUCCUUGCCUGGUCUAUGAGUUUUGGUGGGCGGCCCUCUCUUGGCAGGUUUGUUGUGGUGCCAUAUUCUUUCCAUUUUUUAUUAAUAGAUUUAAUGGUGCUCCGUGGGAAGUGUCUAUUUUUUUAUAACCCCACCCUGAUCUGUACGUCUCCUUUGUUCCUGACCUGUUUGGAAAGCUCAUUGGUCUUCAUGAUGCUGCUUGCUUAGUGGUGUUGCAGACUUUGGGGCCUUUUAGAACAGGUGUGUAUAUAUACUGAGAUCAUACGACACUUAGAUUGCACACAGGUGGACUUUAUUUAACUAGCUAUGUGACGUCUGAAGGUAAUUGGUUGCACCAGAUCUUAUUUAGGGGCAUCAUAGCAAAGGCGGUGAAUACACAUGCACGCACCACUUUUCAGUUUUUUUUUUUUUUUUUUUUUUAGACUUUCUUGAAACAAGUUAUUUUUUUGUAUUUCACUUCACCAAUUUGGACUAUUUUGUGUAUGUCCGUUACAUGAAAUCCAAAUAAAAAUCUAUUUAAAUUACAGGUUGUAAUGCAACAAAAUAGGAAAAAUGCCAAGGGGGAUGAAUACUUUUGCAAGGCACUAUAGUGUUAGGAAAGUUUCUGUGAUUUUUAUUUUCAAUUUUGUCAUUUUAGUAGAGCGACUUGCUGUGAUGAGUGGAUUUUUUUCUUUCUCCUGUACUGGUCCCCUGUGGGAAUCAAACCCACAACCUUGGAGUUGCAAAUGCCAUGCUCUACCAACUGAGGCACAGGGGAUGGAUCCUUUUUGGACGUCUAAGCCUUGACAUUACCCCAUUUGAAGUUGGCAUUUCAAAAAUGAUUAGGUAUGGUUUAGGAUAGUGCAAUCCAGAAUCGUUGGGACGUCCCUAAGCUUUUACUCAUGGAUGUUAUUCUCAUACAAUGGCAGAAAACCAUGUUGUUUCCUCUUUUUGUGGGCAUGCGAUGUUCCUUGAUUAUGGAAGCUGUAUAGGAAAGCUGGUGAAUUAUUGGCAAUGCCCCUAUACUACAUUGCAUUGGAGAAAGUGACAGCUUGAGAUUGUUUUUGUUGAUGUUAUGAUCAAAAUACAAUUGUGGCAAGAAAUGAAGGAUUUCUGAUCCUCGGCGUUGGAAAAAGUACUCAAUAGUUUAAAAGUAAAGAUACUUUAAUAAAAAAGUACUCCAGUGAAAGGCACCCAGUACAGUACUACUUGAGUAAAAGUGAAAAGUUAUUUGGUUUUAAAUAUACGUAAGUAUCAAAAGUAAAUGGAAUUGCUCAAAAGUAUAAAUCAUUUCAACUUCCUUAUAUUAAGCAAACCAGACGGAACAAUCUUUUUUUAUGGAUAGCCAGGGGCACACUCCAACAUAAUUAAUAAAUGAAGCAUUUGUGUUUAGUGAAUCCGCCAAAUCAGAGGCAGUAGGGAUGACCAGGGAUGUUCUCUUAAUAAGUGUGUGAAUUGGACCAUUUUCCUGUCAAAAUGUAACAAGUACUUUUGGGUGUCAGGGGAAAAGUAUGGAGUAAAAAGUAAAUUAUUUUCUUUAGGAAUGUUGUGAAGUAAAAGUUGUCAAAAAUAUGAAUAGUAAAGUACAGAUACCCCAAAAAACUACUUAAGUAGUACUUUAAAAUAUUUUUACUUAAUUACUUUACACCACUGCUGAUCUUCUACUUACUCUUGCAAAUGUACCGAUCCUGUGUUUUAUACCCAGUCCAAUUAUACAGACCUUUAAACAUUAAAAUAGAUUAGCUGAAAAUGA